AGAGAGAGAGCGAGCGAAUGGAUGGAUGGAUGGAUGGAUAGAUCUUUGGAUGGUUCUGUCCCAUUCGUCCACACACUACACGUGAAAGCGCGCUCGCAUUACCAUUCUAAUCACUAGCAGUGUAAGAUCGGAUGUCACAGCGGUAAGAUUUCUCACGACUCUUUGCGACACAAUAAGUAAUGUGCCUUGAAUCGACAUCGAGUUUAUAGUUGUUCAUGUGCCUUGCCAACUUCCACGGGCGGAGAAGGAUAUCCAAGUGAAUAUGUCAGUGACUUUGUUGUGAGUGUAUCUGCAAUUUCUGGCUUCACUUCCUUGUGAAUGUGAGACACAUUGUUAAUCGGAUCAUUUUUUGCCUUGAAGCCAAGGAUCGAACAUUGGAGCCAUCGAUGCCGACGAUCGAUGCUCGAACAGAUAUACACACUCUUGUGCAGUGAGUGAGUGAGUGAACCGGGGAUCAAUACACACGUUUACCCAAAGUCGCGUCAUGGUCAAACUUUCUGGAAUUGAGUAGUGCCUAAACUCGUUGUGACAGAGAGGUCAAGUCAUGAAACGAAUCUGGAACCGUAAGCAAGGCCACCAUGAUGCUACUCAACCAGUCGCACGUGGUCCCUCCAGCCGUUCCUCUGCGUCCUCGUUGUCGUCGUCGCAAGCCUCGCAAAAAGUGACCUUAACCGGGUCUUGCUCAUCCUCAUCAGGUUUGGUGGUGAUUGGCACGGGGUCAAUGGCCACUGCCACCACCACCACUACCACCACUUCUCCGAGCACACCCUUGCAUCAUCACCACCACCAUCAUCAUCACCCAGGGCCUCACAUUUCGCAUUCUCACCGCCAUCCGAACCAUGUCGUCUCCCAUGGGGCCUCUUUGUCAGGAUCGACGGCCAGAUUUGCCAAAGGAGGUAGUCUCCCUGUGGAUGCUCGUUAUGGAGGUUUGCAUGGUUACCCGGUGUUUAUCGGCCCCGGCGGUCAUCCACACGCUCCCCAAGGGCUUAUUCCUUGGGGUGGUGAUAUGCCUUCUUUUCAAGAGGAACCACAGAUCGUCAGAGGCGAACAUGAGCCUCCUCGGUCCCGUGGUAGAUCAAGGUCCAGAAAUCGAGGACGACCAAGUCGUGACGACUCUUGUAAUAACGGAGACUCCAAACGAAUCGGUCGCGUGGAAUCCAUCAGAAAAUUCCUGCUUCACGGUCGAUCAGGUGUUCCCUCCCAAGUUCCAGAGCCUUUGCAACUGAUGGAAUUCUCACCUGGCGUCAUUGCUUUGGAUCCUCCUCAUUGUUCGUGCAAACAGAGUGGACCAACGGUUUUGGUCCCACCAAGGCGAUCAAAGUCAACCGAGAGGAUCAACGUUCCCCCUGCUGCCUACUUCAUUCCGGCGUUUGCCGCUCACGACAAUUUCAGAUUUCGCAGACGAAACUCGUCGUUGGAGAAUCUGAAUGAAAUGCUCGCCAACGAUGGGUUGAGCAAUAAGCCCAAAGAGGAUCGUGUGGUCAAAUUCAAGGAUGAGCCUGAGCGAGGUCGAUCGGUAGGACGAAAGCCCCGUCAUUUCAAAGCCACCUCAAUAGCAUCAAUCAAGUCAACCGUUUCGAUCCUGAAGGAUCCUAGUCGUUCCAAGGUGGAAGUGAAACCAACCAAAGGGAUCUUGAAAGAGGAAAGCCAAAGUCAGAAGAAUCCGUCGCCUUCGUCGCCAUCGUCAUCACCACUGUCUCUGCCUUCAAUGGUGCAGAAAUCUAAUUCCACCAACUCCGAGGUCCUGGCCAUAGAGGAUCUCUUGCAAUCUUCAGUUCCAGCUGUGGCUCCCCAAGAUGAAUCCGGCUAUGACUCAGAUCAAACGCCCAAAAGCUCAGAGUCGGCCAAAGACUCUCCCAGCUCACUGCGUAGCAAUACCAUUCUCCUUGAAGAAAACUCAAAUCAUUCUCCCGAAUCCCGUCGUACUUCCCCUGAUCAACUAGUCGAGAAUUUGGAGAAAGAGAAUCGCAAUACCAUGAACUUUGGAACCUCCAUCGAUGACCUUCCCAUUAAGCCUGUACCAAAGAGGGACAUCUUUCCCCAAAGUCUCAGGAACCUUUUUCAACCCAAGCUCGGGCGAGAAGAGUUUAUUCCGGUGAAAGAGAAUUCCUUUGAUUCUGAUACCGAGAAGGACUUGAGUUUGGAGAGCAUCAUGACCCGAAAUGGUGCCAUUUGUCGCAGUGAUUCCCGGUUGAAGGAUUUCCAUCGAAGAAGUGAUGUGUGCAAGUCCCUACCAUCAAUUUCUUUCGGGGACAACCCAUUGGACCUUUUUCAAACUAUCAACCGAACGGAUGAGGAGAAACUGUCGUCCAUCCAACCUAUCUAUGCUGUGAUAGAGAAAUCCGUGGAUUAUCCAUCGUCGAAGAAAGAGACUCCAAGUCCGGAGAAUGUGACAAGUGUCACUGUGGAUUACACAAAACCUAGUGAAACACAUGCCGAGCAAGUUACCAAACUGUUGCAAUCCACCCGGAUGGAUGUCAAUAAUAACAAAAACGACGAGAAUAGCAAUAUCCCGCCCAAUGACGAUGUACAAGACGAUGACCAUCAUGAGCGCAACAAGAACGAUGAUGUCGAUGAAACGGAUUGUGAAGACGGGGACGAUGAUGACGGGCAAAGCAAUUCUUUGUCGGUUCUCUCGACCACUUCGACCACUGUUCCCAUGGACUUUGGGGAAUCCCUUCCACCGAUCUUGACCAAUUUGAUGAAUAAACAAUUCCGCCUUCACCGCAUCGUCAAAGAAGAAGGCUCGGAAUUGGGCGUUCUCAUUACCAAGAAGUUCAACAAAGAUAAGAGAACAGUAGGCUACAUGAUUGCCUACAUCGAGCCCGGAGGUCUCAUCGCCCAGGAUGGGAGGUUUCAUGUCGGCGAUGAGAUCAUUAAUGUCAAUGGCCAGACCUUAAGGGGACUGAGUAUGGAAGAGGCUCGAGACGUGCUCAAAAACGCUCCCAAGACCGUGGAUCUGAUCGUGGCCAGAAGCCAUGCCACGGAUAGGCCUCCAAAUGGGACGAACAAUCAAGUGAUCAAGAAGCGCCGCCGACUGCCUGUCAUCGACAGGCCCAAAUCGGCCCCUAUCAGUGGGGAGAUCAUACUUCACCUCGCUGCAUCACUGCCAGACGGGGGAAACCCAACAACUUCAACCCCAACUUCCACUGGAUCUGUACUAGAUAUCUGUGAUUUAUCGAGUGGCGAGGCGGCCUUGAAGACUGUGAUCAAAGUGUGCCAAAGCGAUAUGGAAAGGACCUCUUCCAAUCCUCCUGCGAUGGAGUCCGAGUCAACCCAAAUGGGCCAGCCCAACACCGGGUUGAACCAUUUCUCCCCGCCUCAAGUCCGUUUAACCAGUAGUCUCUCGUCGAUCCGAGCCCGGGAACAACGAUCAUUGCCCGAAGUGCCUAAGAUCAAGGGACAGCAUCCAUUGCGCAGAGGUCGCAUGAUCACCAAUGGCUCGCCAAUUCUCGCCGGUGGGAUCAACAAGAUGAGGAAACUUCCUCCCAACGUGCAAACAGUGGAAUACGAGAAAGGAUGUGGCAAGAAGGGCCUUGGCUUUAGCGUGGUGGGAGGGAACGAUUCGCCCCGAGGGAGUAUGGGAAUCUUUGUCAAAUCUAUUUUCCAAUACGGCCAAGCCGCUGAGGAUGGAUCCUUGUCGGAAGGUGACGAGAUCCUCGCAGUGAAUGGCCAUAGUCUCCAAUAUUGCUCUCACGAUGAAGCCAUCAACGUGUUUCGAGGGAUCAAAAGUGGAAAAGUUGUGCUCAACUUUCUUCACCGUCCCCCCGAACUGAUUCCCGGUUCUCCUCUGUCUUCGUCAAGAUCGAUAAUCCUGUCUCCGAAAAUGGGCUUGAAAAGCAGUGGAUCCAGAGCCCACGAGAGCCCGUAAUAUGUACCGUAGAACCGGGAAAGAACCAAGAUAUCGUUACAAAACACCGAGUCGAUUCAAAUUAAAGUACCUCGUUUGUCGUUCCUCUUCCUUUCCUAACCAAAUGGUGAUAAUAAAGAAUUUCUGAGAAAGAACCACAACUUCUCAAUGGAUCCGAUGGCAUUCCAAGAUUUGAGUGUUCGCUCUGCCAGAUCUGUUUCGGAUUGGACAUUAUGUCUAUAAAAAAGAUGCUCUAUACAACGAGCACGACCACUCAGACGACAGAGAUUAAUGAUACCCAAAAUGAUUGCAUUCUCUCAAAAGAAGCCAUGGACUUGUCUUCCUGUGCAAAUGCUUCAUCAGCUAAAAGGCAAGAUAUAAAGCGGUAACCCUCAACUGAGAUACUGUGUGUCUUUAAACCAUCGGUAAUUGUUGAAGGCUUGCUCUUGUGGUUCGUAAAUUGAUUUAUCAA